GAGGAGAGUGCACUGCUAGGCAUCAGCCGGUUGCUUAUGCUGUGGCUAGGGAUCCUUUGGGAGCUAACGGAUUAGGUAUCUACGCGUCAGAAAAACCAUCAGCAAUAACCAUCCCUUCGACAUCGCCAUCGACUGCUGCAACUCUAAGUCCUGGUGGAGCAGUUCCAUCGACUACACCAACUGGUUCAGCAUCACCUGCAGCAGCAAAGCCGUCUCUGACACGACUUCUGCUCCAUUUAGAUUCUGAUGCUGCUAAGCAGCAGGCUUUAGAACACACUCUGAGGGCCACCGAAGUACAUCAGGCUAGGGUCAUGCUGGUUGCGGCUUUGGCAGGACAUUCUGGACUCACGGGGAAGAAUUCACAGGGUUGUAUGAGUGGAGGAAGUGGAAAAAAGAUUGUCAGCAAGGCAUACGGUUAUGAUGGUGUGUACCAUGAUGUUGGAAUGGACAGCAAGAGUUUGAAAUCACCUAUCGAGACCAUGGAUGAUAAUCGGAGUGGUGCUUGUACCCCAGACGACCUUCAUCAAUCCACAACGAGCAAUCAAGCAACAUGCGCCUGCAGCAGUUACCACAAAACGAUGAUGAAGACCGAGACGAAGAAGAUGCUGAAGACAUUGCUGAUAACAACGAAGAUGUCCUAUCUUCAUCCUACCAUCAUCAGCAUCCUCAACACGGUGCUCUUUUGCAGCAGCAACAUUUGCACGAUAGAAUGACAUCGUCUGGAGCCC